UUUUUUUUGUUUACUUCGUAACAAAUUGUUUGUAAAUAUUUAAAAACAUCAUAUCGACCAUUAAGACAUACUUUAAAAACCAGUCAUGAAUAGAUCGGAGGGAUUAGUUCAGCGAAAAAACGCCGCUCAAGCGAGCAGCAACGUUUACAAGAGCGACGAGGUGGCCAACGAAAGCGACGACGACAAAUCAGGAACGGCAGCGGCCGAGAAAGACGAAGUUGAAGAUUUGGAUUCGAAGGAGGCCAGACUGACCCUCAUGGAGGAAGUUCUACUCCUGGGACUGAAGGACAAAGAGGGUUACACAUCCUUCUGGAAUGAUUGCCUAUCGUCCGGGCUUCGGGGUUGCAUCAUAGCUGAACUUGCCCUGAAGGGCAGGAUUGAACUGGAGAAGACAGGAAUGAGGAGGAGGAGUUUAUUGAACAGGAAAAUAAAAUGCAAAUCAGAUGUACUGACAGGAGACGUGUUGCUAGACGAGGCACUGAAACAUAUCAAAGAGACCAAUCCUCCUGAGACAACACAAUCAUGGAUCGAGUACCUCAGUGGUGAGACAUGGAACCCGAUGAAACUGCGCUACCAACUGCGCAACGUUCGCGAGCGCCUUGCAAAAAAUUUAGUAGAGAAGGGAGUGUGCACGACGGAGAAGCAGAACUUUGUGCUGUUCGACAUGACGACCCAUCCGCUGAACGACAAAUCCAUCAAGUCGAAACUUGUCAAGAAAGUUCAGGACUCUGUCCUCUCUCGUUGGACGAAUGAUGUCCAUCGCAUGGACCGACGAAUGCUCAUGCUCAUCUAUCUCUCGCACGUUUCAGACGUCCUCGAGAACGCAUUCGCUCCACUCUCCGAUGACGACUACGAAAUCGCCAUGAAACGUGUCAGGUACAUGCUCGACCUUGACCCCGAGCAGGAAGCGCAGAGGGAGGGCACCAAUGAACUCUUGUGGGCCAUCAUUGCCGCCCUUUCCAAAUAAGGACAUUGCUUCUUUUUUUCAUCCAUUCUUUCGUUCGUUGGUUUAUUUAUUUUUAACUCUGCAAAAUUAUAUCUAUUACAUGUGUAUAUAUAUAUGAAAACAUUUCAGUAUAAUUAUUUGCAUUGACGAAAACAUUGAUAUAAUUAUUAUUAUUCUUUUUGAUAUGCUGGAGUAUUUGUACCAUAUAAUUAAUAUCAAUCAGUUGCUCCUGAAAAUGUAAAAAAUACGAAAAAUAUCUUUCUUGUCGGUGCGGGUUGGGUUUUUCUGUCCGUGUGUGUGUUUUGUGAUAUAACGUUUAUGGAUAACAUUCAUGGUAGGUAGGUAUUUAUUUUUACACUUUUGUAAAAAGGCAUUCAGUUAUUUAUAUAUACAUACAUGUCUGUAUGAGUGUUUUUGUUUGCUUGCUUUUAUGCGUAUGUCGGUCUGCCUGUAUGCUUCUCUCGAUCUGGUUGUGGAUUCGAUUACACUGUGAGAUGUUUUCACCUGGAAAUUUGAAUGAAAGACUGAAUGAAGGAGUGACUGAGUAAAUGAAUGAGUGCGUGGAUGAGUGAGUAAAAGAGGAGUGGUUAUGUUGGUUAUUUUCAUCAUUUCUGUAACAUUCCCCAAACAACUAUUUGUUUCAUUAUAGUUUACAAUAAAUGUUGAACAUGGUGGUGCUGUGCUAGAUUAUGAUAGUGCUGGUGAUAUGAAGCUCUGCGGUCAGUUUUGAGCCGGUCAACCUACUUUUCUAAUUUAUAGUGAUUUUGUAAGAAAAGAUUUUACUCAUUUAUUGGUAAAUCUCUUCAGUCCAUCCGAUCAGUUUUGUUUAUUCAAUGUUAGGUAUGUUCAUUUCUCGCGAACAUUAACUUAUUAUUUUGUUGAUUCGUUUUUAUUUCACCAUUCAUUUAAUUUUUUCACUCAUCCACUUAUUCUUUUAUUUGUUCGAUCAUUCAUUCAUUUAUUUACUUAUUCAUUCAUUCAUUCGAUCACUUCAUCAAUUGUACCACUUAAGCUAGGUAGAGGUGGCCAAUUGUUGAACUUUCAUUGCUCUGUGUGCAUUAGACAUUUCAUGUAUAUAUAUAUAUAUAUAUAUAUAUAUAUAUAUAUAUAUAUAU